CCCCCGUCUGGCGCGCGGCGGGCGGAAGUGAGGUCGUGGGCUGCGGUGUCUGCGCAGCGUCGGCGGUAGCGGGGGCCGCGGCGAGGCGGGCGGGAGGCAGCGCGGGCCUAGCGGUCAGCCGCAACCGAGCGUCGUCUGGGCACUGCCCGUCGCCGAGCCACACGCCGUGCCGGCUCGGGCCGGCGCGCGCCGGUCCCGGAGGCGCAGGCUACCUACUUGAAGUCAUGAAUCCUGUUUAUAGCCCUGGGUCUUCUGGGGUUCCCUAUGCAAAUGCCAAAGGAAUUGGAUAUCCAGCUGGUUUCCCUGUGGGCUAUGCAGCAGCUCCUGCCUAUUCUCCUAACAUGUACCCUGGAGCGAACCCUACCUUCCAAACAGUGCUGGAGAUUGAACCCAGGGUCUUGCACAUGUUAGGUUACACUCCUGGCACACCUUACAAAGUGUCCUGUUCCCCAACCAGUGGGGCUGUGCCGCCAUACUCCUCCUCCCCCAAUCCUUACCAGACGGCUGUGUACCCAGUGAGAAGUGCCUAUCCCCAGCAGAGCCCAUACGCCCAGUUGUCUCUGUUUUCCCCACAGCAAGGCACGUACUACACACAACCUCUGUAUGCAGCACCUCCUCACGUCAUUCACCACACCACAGUGGUGCAGCCCAAUGGCAUGCCAGCGACCGUCUACCCUGCUCCCAUCCCUCCUCCUAGAGGCAGCGGGGUCACCAUGGGCAUGGUUGCUGGGACCACAAUGGCCAUGUCAGCAGGUACCCUGCUGACUGCUCAUUCUCCAACUCCUGUAGCCCCUCACCCAGUCACUGUCCCCACAUACCGAGCCCCAGGAACACCCACCUACAGCUAUGUGCCCCCGCAGUGGUGAUCACCCUGCAAAUUAAUAUGUGAGGAUGGAGCUGUGCAGUCACUUCAUUGAGUCCCACAGCUGGUGCUGCAGGCCUUGUGCCUCCAACCAGGACUUUCUUCUUAAUGCUCUCGACACUUAGCUAAACAUGACUGCGUCCCAGCCCAGCAGGUCCCAGCUCGCUAGUCUCCAGCUAACUCUGUGGGUUGGUUUUAAAGCAAAUCCUGUUUGUGGACUGCCUGGCAAAUUUUUUAGCUAACUGUAAUGAUAAAAAAGGGAGUAUUAUUCUAUUCUGAAUCAUAUCUAGUUGAAUGCAUGUUUAUAAAAACAAACAAAAAAGCUUGCUCAAUCUACCUGCAGUGACUGAUGCAAAACCCAAAGGACGGGACCGUGUUCUACAGCCUGUGUCACUCACGCACCUCUGUCAUGUAUGCUGAGUCUCAGUUACACUCGUGCAAGGGAUGUCCUCACUGAAGCGUCGGGAGUGCUGGAGGGGACUCUUAGGGUGCUGGGUUUGCCAGUUAUGGACAUAGACUUAGAGUUUUCAGCAGCCUGGUUUUUUUGGCACUGACUGACUGAUCCUGGAGGGAGCCGCAGGGACUGGGAGAGAAUGUGAGCCUGCAGCAGCUCCAGACAGCAGCAGCAGCAGGGAUAGUAGGGUCCCUGCUUCACUUCAGCUGGAGUGUGCUCUGGGAAGCAGGGGUCUACCUGAAGCUUAGCAGGAAGUCUAGGAGCGUGGUGAGCAGUCCAGCUGGGGUGAAGCGAGGUCUGUGUGUCAGUAGAGCAGUGUCUGCCAUCUGAGUUCCCACUGUCUGUCUUACAGGAUAAUGUCUUUUGUAUCUGUUGGGACUGUUGGAAAAGUCCAUUGUAGAAGUAAACUGUCUUCCUAGGAGGGAAGAAGUCAAAGAGAAGAGGCAGCCGCACUGGAACGGUGGUGUCUUUUGCUUUAUUUCGCUUAGGGAACCAUUCCUAAUGUCCCCUGAGAAUAAUGAGUCAGCUGAAAAUACAGGCGCUGUGUACUCUCCCAUAAAGACUGAAGCUGGGUGCUGUGGAGCGCGUUGUACAUGGAAGACUGGUUACAAGGGAAUAAGUGUAUUUUUAAGUUAGUUCCUCAUGUUUCUUGUAGAGAAGCAGGGCUGUGAUUAUGUCUAAAAAUGUAGAAAUAAUGUAGCUUGUCUUGGGGUUAUUCACCUGAGGAUGACCUGUCCUCUGUGAUUAGUAGGUGAGACCUGGAAAGCCUGCAUAAGUGGCUUUGCCACUCUUCUGUAGCUGAAGGCACCCAGUACCAAGCACAUGUGGAAAGUGGAAAGGCCGGGCAGUUCUGGAACGCACUUGCCUGAAAGGCUCUGUGGUGGGAAAGAUUUUGAGUGCGUACGUAAGAAAUCAAGAGGGUUCUUUUCACCUGAAAAUAUGCCCGACUUGAAUCUAGGAGAGUGUUUCUGUUGAGUAUGGACCAAAGGGGCAGGACACGAGGACUUUUCUGGGAUCUGUCAAGUGGGGGUGUGCUUUUUAUCUCCUUGUUGAACCCCAUUGAAUUGCUGGGGCUUUGGAAGGGGUGCUUGUCUCUGGCAGCUAAGUCAGGGCUUCCAUGUCGGUGUGGAGGUCGCCUCAGUAGCAGUCAGCUUAGCUAGUGGCUGGGUCACCUGGAUAUUGAACCUUCGGUGACCUUACUUUUAUAGUAAUGCUCUCCAUAAUUUUUUUAGCAUUUUAUUUUAUGAGAAGUUUAUGAAGAUUUCUGCAUGAAUCAGUGUGAACAGAAGGUUUCUCAUUCCCAGUGUCCAUGAACAUAGAAUAUUUAUGGAUGAGUAUGUUUAAUUGCUUCGUGAGCACUUAAGAGAGAGUGCGUGUGUGUGACUGGGGUGUGCGUGCGUGUGUGUGUGUGUGUGUGUGUGUGUGUGUGUGUGUGUGUGUGUGUGUGUACGCGCACGCGCGCAUGCGAAUGCAUCGGGGGAGGGUAGCCCAAGAAAGCACACACUGCACAGAGAUAGAAACCUUUGCUGUGGCACAUAGCUUGCAUCGUGCUUCUGUGUGGGAUCCCACCCCUGUGGUGGAUGGUGUGCAGUGCUGGGAGUGUUCCAGUCUCCCAGACUCCAUAGACAGAAGGUGGUGUCCAGUGAAUAAUCACGAUCAUUGGGACAAAGGUACCUGUGAUUUUUGCAUGUGUUUGAAAAAGUCUACUCGCCCACUCUCAACUGAGCAUAGCUGUCCCCUGCCUGGAAACUCCGCAGGGAGCUCCCAAGUCUUUGGACCUACCUGCAGCUGCACACAGUGUGUGCUUCCACAGGCCCUGGGUUCUCAGGAGAAAGAAGAGCGGGGUUUCUGCCCUCCUGCUGAUCACAUCAGCCUCACACACUUGCUCUGGGACUGUGUAAAUGGAAUGACUAUCAACACCUCUGAUUGAUAAAACCCGUCUGUGUGUAGAUCUUUUCUGUCGUGAAGCCGUCAGGUCAUUGCUGUGGAGUCUGCUGGUGAAAGAUCUUAGUGAAAACCUGAGCACAUGGAUGGCAGUAAACUGUCACAGGUGGUGACUUUAAAAACAUUCAGUUCUAGGAAACUUAAGGAACAGAAUUGGCUCAGUACAGACACCCCAAAACAUUGAGAACAUUCCAAGAAAGUGCUUUUUCUGUGUAUGACAUUCCUGACGAGAGGUCAUCAGCUGAGUCGACAGGCAGGCAGGUCUGAUACUCACUGACCUCACUGCUAAGGAUGCGUGGAUGGAUGCAUGCAUGCAUGGGUGGAUGGAUGCGUGGAUGGAUGGAUGGAUGGAUGCAUGCAUGGAUGCGUGGAUGGAUGCGUGGAUGCGUGGAUGGAUGCAUGGAUGCGUGGAUGGAUGCGUGGAUGGAUGGAUGCAUGGAUGGAUGCGUGGAUGCAUGGAUGUGUGGAUGGAUGCGUGGAUGGAUGCAUGGAUGGAUGGAGUAUAUAAAGUUUAUUUUCUGUUCCUUCCCUUAGGCUGGGGAGCUUUGUUCCUCUGCUGCUGCUGUUUGCAGUUUAAGGUUGUGGAGUACUGAACCUGUGAGCUCCUUGUCUCAGGAGAAGUAAGCCCACCGUCAGGAUUAGGCCAGUGAGGCUGCCGGCAUGGAAGCGGCCUCUGGAGCUGUUGUCUCUUGUGGUCUUCCUUGGGAGACCUGUUGAGCGGCUGUUGGCCUGCCAGUUGCCAUUCUGGGGGUAGCGGCUUCUGAGUGUUUUGCAGAGGCAGUGUUUUCAGCAGGCGGGGAGGUCCCCAGUUCUGGAUUGGUUGUCGAGUGUCCUGCCUUCCCUCAGCCGUACAUCUGGUGUCUUACUGUAUCUGGAUUUGUUCUGAUGUGGCAGAGGGCUGAAGGAGCAGACUGGAUGGUUUAUGUACAGUAAGAGGAAAAUCGUUCUCGGGGAAACUGGAACUCACUGGCUUCUGACUUGGGCCUUUAAGUAUGCCUGGGGUUGGGAGAGGUUGGCCAAGCACCAGCCUCAAACAUUGGGGCUGCUUCAGACUUCCUCAGUUCCCCUUCAGAAUAUAUUGGAGUAUAGUAUUACUGUGGGGCCACCUCCUCCCAGCAGCUGACAUCUGUACUUGUGUACCUGGCACUACCGAGUGGCACAGGACCUCCCAGGGUGUGGUCGCAAUUGUGGCAGCUACUGCCCUUUGUCCUGGUGCUUUCUGAGGGUUGUGGAGGGCAGGAGUGCAGCAGAGCUUACUCUCAUGUCCAGCCACCCCAGGUCUUUAUCUCUGGAGUUGCUUACUCCUGCCCAGUUUUCUGUGUUUGAUGGACUGAUUGAUGAUGUUGUCUCGUAGGAACAGUAACAUUAAUUCCCCACGUCUUAAAGGAUUCUUCUCUCGUCCCUACCCCUCCCUGUUCACUGACAACCAGAAAGCCGGUGGAGUAAGUCUGACUAGCAUUAGGGCAUGGGAGGCAGCAGCUUUUCUGUUCAGGGACUGCAGUGGCUAUACAUGAGAUGUGUAGGGCCCGGUGGGUACACAGGCAGUUCCCGGGGAAGGGCAGUGGGUGGGUCUGGUGAAGACUAGGCAGUCAGACUGGGGGACUGGCUUCCAGGGGGGUUAUUGUGGCAGCUGGAGGCCCCAAGGAGCCUGAUAGGCUGUGAACAGAAAAGGUUCUUUUUUUAAACUUUUGUUUUUAAAUACUUUUUUACACUGUUGUUGGUACUUUUUUUUAUGCUUAAGUCAGCAUUGUCUUCCAGUGUUAAAGGCAUCCCUUGCCUCUUCGUGGACCUUACGUGUCAAUUCAAAGGAACGGGCAGACUGUCCAUCCCGAGCCAGUUCAAUUAGAUGUAAAUUCAUACUGUUUUAAUUUUUUAUGCAAUCUGAUGAGUAGAUGAGCUCAGAUUUAAAAUCCUUAAAAGCACGUUUAUUGUAACCAGAAUUGUUAUGUAAUUAAUACUGCAGUUUUCAAUAAAGAUUGACUUGUGUUGCA